AUGCCACGGCCGGGCAAGAGCUCGUACAGCGACCAAAAGCCGCCCUACUCCUACAUCUCGCUGACCGCCAUGGCCAUCCAGCACUCGGCCGAGAAGAUGCUGCCGCUGAGUGACAUCUACAAGUUCAUCAUGGAGCGCUUCCCCUACUACCGCGAGCACACGCAGCGCUGGCAAAACAGCCUGCGCCACAACCUCUCCUUCAACGAUUGCUUCAUCAAGAUCCCGCGCAGGCCCGACCAGCCCGGGAAGGGAAGCUUCUGGGCUCUCCACCCCGACUGCGGCGACAUGUUCGAGAACGGCAGCUUCCUGCGUCGCCGCAAACGCUUCAAGGUGCUGCGCGCCGACCACGCUCACCUGCACGCCGCAGGCUCCAAGGGCGCCCCGGGCGCCGGGCCCGCCGGGCCCCUGCACCCGCACCACCCACACCACCACCACCACCACCAUCACCACCACCACGCCGCCGCGCACCACCACCAUCACCACCACCCCCCGCCGCAGCCGCCGCCGCCGCCCCCGCCGCCGCACAUGCUGCACUACUUCCACCAGCAGCCGCCGCCUGCCCCGCCUGCCCCGCCGCCGCCACCGCCGCACCUGCCGUCGCAGCCCGCGCCGCAGCCGCCGCAGCAGGCGCAGCCCCCGCAGCCGUCCCACCCCGGGAAGAUGCAGGAGGCGGCGGCCGUGGCGGCUGCGGCGGCUGCGGCGGCGGCCGCGGCGGUGGGCAGCGUGGGGCGCCUUUCUCAGUUCCCCCCUUACGGGCUGGGCUCUGCGGCCGCCGCGGCCGCCGCCGCCGCCGCGACCACCUCUGGCUUCAAACACCCGUUCGCCAUCGAGAACAUCAUCGGCCGGGACUACAAGGGCGUGCUGCAGGCCGGAGGGCUGCCCUUGGCGUCCGUCAUGCACCAUCUGGGCUACCCUGUGCCGGGGCAGCUCGGCAACGUGGUGGGCUCCGUGUGGCCGCACGUGGGUGUCAUGGACUCAGUGGCCGCGGCGGCCGCGGCCGCUGCUGCAGCCGGCGUCCCCGUCGGCCCCGAGUACGGGGCCUUCGGGGUGCCCGUCAAGGCCCUGUGCCACUCGGCCAGCCAGAGCCUGCCUGCCGUGCCAGUGCCCAUCAAGCCCACUCCUGCGCUGCCGCCGGUGAGCGCGCUGCCGCCUGCGCUCUCGGUGCCCGCCGCCGCGCAGCAGCCGCCCGCGCCUUCCACCGUGUGCUCGGCAGCCGCGGCCUCGCCGGCCGCCUCUCUGCUGGAGCCCAGCAGCGCCAGCGCGGCCGAGGGCAAGGGCGGCUCUCUGCACUCGGUGCUGGUGCACUCCUAG